AUGGAUCCUCCUCCUUAAGAUACUAUUUUAAAUGCUAUGUAUCAAUUGUGGGUGUUGGGAGCAUUAGAUAAUGUAGGUGAAUUAACAGAGCUUGGUAGGAAGAUGAGUGAAUUUCCAUUGGAUCCACCAUUGUCAAAAAUGUUAAUCAAAGGAGAUUAAUUAGGAUGCACUGAAGAAAUCCUAACUGUAGUUAGUAUGUUGAGUGUUCCAGGCAUAUUUUAUAGACCUAAAGAUAGAGAAGCAGAAAGUGAUGCUGCUAGAGAGAAGUUGUUUGUCGGAGAAAGUGAUCAUUUGACUAUGUUAAAUGUAUUUGAGUAAUGGAAAAGACAUGAAUUUUCACCUGAAUGGUGUAAUGAACAUUUUGUUUAAGCAAAGAGUAUGAGAAAAGUUAGAGAAGUGAGAGCCUAAUUAAAGGAUAUUGCUGGUAAAUUAGGAUUAAAAAUGAGUACUUGUAAUUUCUCUUAUGAUGUUGUAAGAAAGGCUAUAUGUUCAGCAUAUUUUUAGAAUGCUGCCAAAAUUAAAGGUGUCGGAGAUUAUAUAAAUUUACGUACAGGUAUGCCAUGUAAACUACAUCCUUCAAGUGCUUUAUAUUCUCUAGGUUAUGCUCCAGAUUAUGUUGUUUAUCAUGAGUUGGUUAUGACAUCUAAAGAAUACAUGCAUUGUGUGAGUGCUGUUGAUCCUUAAUGGUUGGCUGAGAUGGGUCCCAUGUUUUUUAGUAUCAAAGAAGAUGGUGAGACUAGAGCUUCUCGUAUUGAGAGUGAAAAAAAGAGUAAGAGAGAAAUUGAGUUGUCCAUUGAAAAAGCUAAGAGAGAACAUGAAAUGAAGAGUGAAGAGUGUCUGAGAAGGAGAGAGAAAGAGGAUAGAGAGAGGAGAUUAAUUAGUGAACGUACAGCUACUUUGGGAUUCAAACCAAGUAGAAUACAAACACCAUUAAGGCAAUAAACUUCAUCAGUCGCAGCCACUCCUUUAAGAAGUGAAUGUGAAUCUGUUAUCUCUGGAAUGACAAGCAUCUAAGCUAAAUAAAUGAGGAUGGCAUAUUAUGAUGAUGAAGAAGAGUAAGAUGUUGGUAGAAACAAAAUACCCAAAGUAGAAUGA